UCGAUAUGUCGAUGUCCGGGGUGCAUUGGCUUCUUUGUGACAUUUCUGAGUCGUCUAGCAAAGCAAGCAUUUUAUGUGUUUCACCCUAUGUAAUUAAACUCAUAUGAUCUUCUCCGAGCAUUAUCAACCAGGCCUGCAAGGUGGUCCACGCACCGCAAGUUGGCCCACACAGAUUUGAAGCAAUUUUCAUGUCCCAUUGACCAUACUUCCGAGAACAAUGGUGUCAUAAUAUCCUUGCAUUGGCUUUCGUUUUCCUCCACAAGCCGCUUUUAUCUUUUGCCACUCGGAAAGGCCACAGUCCACUCGAGGCGAACUGGCCCAUAUAAAACCUCAGCACAUGGCAAAUUCACUUCACACAACGUUCCUCCGCAGGCUCAAUCUUCUUGUGCAUCAUCACUUUCAUUGCAUCGCCCCAUCUACAUCGGUUGUCCGUGACACCAUGCCCUUCCCAUUCGCUCUUUCCCGUGGACUCUUACUCCUCGCUAUUGGUAUCUGCAAUAUCACAUCUAUUGUGAUUCUAAGGCCGGUAAUCGUUACGCACACCGCAGGACCCUUCGAGGUCAUUGCCGUUGCGUCAAGCAUCGUAGCUCUGUUGGUAUUCCCCAUUACUUUCUCAUUUUUAUAUUGCAGGAGACAUGCAGAAGCUAGCAACACUAGAAAUAUCGCUACCUUUGGUACUUUGUGGCUUUCGGAUAUCACAUCUUGUAUCACUCUAACGGUUCAUGCACGUCAGAAUAACGCGACCGCCCUUUGUCGGGAUCUUUCUCAGUCUGGUGACUGCACAAUGGCUAAUGCUCUCCUCGCUGUUUUCUAUAUGGCCGCUAUAUUUGCUCUCAUUGGUUUCGUAAUCGCAUGCUUCGAUACACACCCCGGUAUUACUAAAGUCUCGCCUCGGUAUCCGAUCACUAAAGCAGCGAGUUCACGUUUCGCUGCCUUCCAAUACCCGCUGGACGUGGAGUUGGAGAAUGUGUACUCUGAGCCUCCCACCAGGAAGGCGAGACAUACCAAGAAGGCGCACACGGAGGAAAGGUGGACUGAAAUCCCUCUGUAGACAGGCAUGUGUUGGUUGUGUAGUUGUACUGUUACUGAUGGGGACAGCAUUGUUUCAUUAUGGUGGAAUAUUACAC